AUUUUCUCCCAAUCGUUCAACACAUUGAGACGUUCUCUGAAAUAUUAGUGCUGGUGUAAAAAAAAAAAUUCAUCUUCGUUCGGAGAAGCCGUAAAGGUCUGAGUAGGAGCAAUGAAGACUCUCCUUCUAUUAUCUAUCCUAUGGGCUUCCCUUGCAUCGGGACAUGCUAUAAUUUGUAGAACGUGCGCUGGGAUGACUUCUGAUGAUCCAAGCUUCCCUAUCCCUGUAGUUCCCGGUACAGUGACGUGUUCAGGGACUCCUCAAGAUAAGACUUGUGAAGAAGGCGUUACCAGCUGUAUGACGACGAUUGUCGCGAUGCACUUUGCUCGUGCAUCCGGACCACUGACGCUGACCCAAGAAGUUCGGGACUGCGGACCCUGGAUAUCUGGUGUUCUUCCUUCCGGGGACACAUGCGCAGGAGAAGAUAUUCUCAAGACCAUCCUGGGUCCAACUGACGCGAGUUCAAUGUUUCCUCCAGAACUUGGACUGACGUAUGAGAGCCAGGACGCCAGCAUCUGCUUAUGUGACAGCUCAGACAAUUGUACACCGCCCUCUCCUGGAAUGAUCAUCAAUUCAACUGAUACCACCGAGGAAACUGUACCCCCAGUAACAAACACUUCAGAGGCCCCGUCUGUCUGCCCGAUAGUCGGAGAGUGGUAUGUAGAUUGGGACAGUUCCUUCGCCUGCCUAUCGCAGUUUCCGAUCAGCGAACCUUUCGCAGUCCCUGGCCAAAUUCUUCCUCGCUUGGCAGUUUCCGAUGUCAUUGAAGCUGCCGGCGCUGCUUGGAAAGCCACGAGCCUCAUAGAAGCCGAAGGCGAGGUGUGCGUUCGAGUACUCCCUCAAUUGACUGUUGCUCCGGGUGGACUAGACAUCGUAAGAGGGUAUUGCGAUCCAGUCUUGGCGUUUUUGAGGGAAGGGACAUCUUUCGACGCCCUAGCACACUGUAGGUAUAUUCUAAACAUAACAGGAGCGACGUCGUCAUACAUGCCACAAACCUUCCCAUCGACACAACCUUUAACAUCUGUAUCAAAUGCACUACGCCCAUUCGACUUCUUAGAUCACAUUGAAAAGAUCAUUUAUAAUCUUGUCGGUGUAUCCUUCAACGAUAUAGACAAUGUGUGUACAGCCCGAGUUGGAAUCGUUGAAUCUGAGUCAACAUUGAAAGAGCUUACAACCGAUUUCCUCGUGGCGUUUACAAAAGUCUUGAUCCCUAGAGCCGCAGAGUUGUGUGAAACUUGGGAUGACCUUGUUAACGGGAUAGUUGAGGUAGUUCAAGGUGAUCCCGCCCCUGACAUGUAUGGCGUGUUUCAGAAUGCCUCCAAUCUGCUGGCGCAUCUGUUUGGUUUCACAGACAGGAAUUCCCUUUGUCAGGAGAUCCAAGACGCUGUUGCCUCACCUCCCGAAUCUUCUGCACUUGGUCAUGUUGCUUUGUUUAUAACCAACAGCACACUUGACAUUUUAACCGAUGUCCAUCGUUGUUCAAGCAUUGUCCAAGAAGCUUUGGAUAUCUCCCUUGCUCUUACUCCAGAACUCACACAGGAACAGGUUGAAUCUGCCCUGUUUCAGUACACGGGACUCAGCAGCGUACAGGACGUAUGCCAGGAAAUAGAAGAUGCUUUCCUUCCUGAAGUUGAAGUAAGGCUUGUCGGUGGGAGCGACAACACGGAGGGAACCGUUGAGGUGCUUUAUAAUGGAGUUUGGGGAACCGUGUGUGAUGAUUCCUGGGAUAUUAGAGAUGCCAACGUUGUAUGCAGGAUGUUAGGUUUUCCCAAAGCUACCCGCGCUCCAUUGCUUGCCCAUUUCGGAAUCGGGACGGGGGUCAUCUGGCUGGAUGAUGUCAUGUGUAGCGGGGUCGAAGAGAACAUAGCCGACUGCCAGCAUCGGGAAUUAGGAGAGAGUGACUGUAGAGUUCACGAAGCUGCUGGUGUCGUUUGCCUUCCCCAAGAACCUGCCAUUACUGACAUACGCCUUGUUGAUGGAGGAAGUGAUUAUGAAGGAAGGGUCGAGAUUGAGUUUGAAGGCCAAUGGGGGACCAUCUGUGAUGAUGACUGGGAUUUAGACGAUGCUUCUGUAGCCUGCAGGAUGCUUGGAUUCACCGGUGCGACUGAUGCUCCGCUAUAUGGCCAGUUCGGCCCAGGAUCAGGUACUAUCUGGCUUGAUCAGGUUGGUUGCACUGGGAAUGAGACCACUCUUGCGGAUUGUUAUCAUGACGGGUUUGGAGAGACCAACUGCGACCAUGACGAAGAUGCUGGUGUCAUUUGCAUUCCUCCAGUCCCACCUACACCAUCUGUUGAAGUGAGGCUUUUCGGUGGAGCUGACAACACGGAGGGGACCGUUGAAGUGUUAUACGAUGGACAGUGGGGAACCGUCUGUGACGAUUUCUGGGACCUGAAUGACGCCAACGUCGUAUGUAGGAUGCUUGGAUUCCCUGGGGCUUCUGAAGCUCCUGGCUAUGCUCGAUUCGGAGAGGGUUCGGGUGAGAUCUGGCUCGAUGAUGUGGUGUGCAGCGGCAUGGAGCAGAGCAUUGCAGAGUGCCAGCAUCCUGGAUUCGGAGUGAGCAACUGCGGUCAUUAUGAAGACGCUGGGGUCAUUUGUGUUGCCGAAGAACAUACGAUUACGGACAUACGUUUGGUUGGUGGAGAGAGUGACCUUGUAGGAAGGGUCGAGAUCGAAUACGACGGAGAAUGGGGAACCAUUUGUGACGACGUCUGGGGCUUGGACGAUGCCAACGUGGUUUGUAGAAUGCUUGGAUUUGAUGGGGCUUCGGGGGCACCUGGAUCAGCGCGCUUCGGCCAGGGUUCCGGUAUUAUUCUCCUGGAUGAUGUAGAAUGUUUGGGUAACGAACUCAGCCUCACAGAAUGCACUCACUUGCCGUUUAAGGAGCACAACUGUGACCACUCAGAAGAUGCAGGGGUCAUUUGUUUCAUCGCAGAGCCGCAGACACCGAAGCCGUCACCAUUCUGCACGAUCACUGAUAUUCGGUUAGUUGGGGGUGGCACGGAUCACGAGGGACGGGUUGAGAUAUACUACAAAGAAGAGUGGGGCACUGUCUGCGACGAUGGUUGGGGCAUCGAUGACGCGUCUGUGACCUGUAGAAUGUUGGGUUUCGAUGGUGCUUCCGAUGCGUCAGGUUUGGCUGAGUACGGAGAGGGCUCGGGUAGGAUUUGGCUUGAUGACGUGGAAUGCAUCGGGGACGAGACAACGCUGCUGGACUGUGACCACCGUACCCCUGGACAACAUAAUUGUGGCCAUUCUGAAGAUGCUGGUGUGACAUGUUUUUCAAUAGAGCCGACUAUACCGGAAACAACACCCAUGACAACGAUACCAACGACACCGAAUCCACCAUCUCCCAUUGAGGACAUCCGACUGAGCGGAAGCACUCUCUCAUCGGAAGGAAGAGUUGAAAUCUUGUACAAUGGAGAAUGGGGGACUAUUUGUGAUGAUUAUUGGGAUGAAGAUGAUGCUGAUGUAGCUUGUAGGAUGUUAGGUUUCGAAGGAGCGACUAGUGCUCCAGGCCAAGCCCAGUUUGGAGAAGGUUCAGGACAAAUCUGGCUUGACGAUGUGAGAUGUGCUGGAACUGAGACCAGCCUAGCUGAUUGUCCCCGUCCAAACUUCGGAGUCCACAAUUGCGGUCACUCGGAAGACGCUGGAGUCGUUUGCCUCAAUACAGUUACAACAACCAUCUAUGCAACAACUGUAUCACCAUGGACAGCACCCGUACGAUUGGUCAACGGUGGUUCACCAAUGGAGGGUCGCGUGGAGAUACUGCACAAUGGCCAAUGGGGGACAAUCUGCGAUGACUAUUGGGACUUAGAUGGCGCCUCAGUUGUCUGUAGCAUGCUAGGCUUUGGCCGGGCUUUAGAUGCACCAAUAAGAGCUCACUUUGGACGUGGAACGGAUCCUAUAUGGCUUGAUGACGUCAUGUGCGUGGGAGAGGAGUCCGAGUUGGCAGACUGUCCGCGCAACGCAUUUGGAACCAACAACUGUGCCCAUUCCGAAGAUGCGGGGGUUAUUUGCUCAGCAGGCCCACCACCUACAUUGCCACAACAAACGGUUCGUUUGGUUAAUGGUGAUUCUGACAACGAGGGACGUGUAGAGAUCUACCACAACGGGGAAUGGGGAAGUAUCUGUGAUGAUGACUGGGGCCUUGAUGAUGCUACAGUAGUUUGUCGGAUGUUGGGUUUUGAUGUGGCCACAGAAGCACCGGGAUCGGCACGGUAUGGGCAGGCUUCGGAUCGUAUCUGGCUUGACGACGUCCAGUGUUCGGGAACUGAAGCAGACAUAAGGGAUUGUUCACACAGAGCCUUCGGAUUUCACAACUGUCGUCACUCUGAAGAUGCAGGAGCUGUUUGUUCUUAUGCAGUUUCAACGACAGCACCAACACCACCAGCCCACACGAUUCGUUUGGUCGGCGGCAAUAGGGACAACGAAGGACGAGUUGAAAUCCUCCACAAUGGCGAAUGGGGAACUGUCUGUGAUGAUGCUUGGGGCAAGACCGAUGCUGAUAUUGCGUGUAGAAUGCUUGGAUAUUGUGCUGCAUCCACUGCGCACGGCUCAGCUUAUUUCGGAGCUGGGGAGGGCCAGAUAUGGCUCGAUGACGUAGCAUGCACAGGGGAAGAGACUGAUCUGUUAGACUGCCCUCACCGGGGAGUCGGGAUUCAUAACUGCAAUCACAACGAAGAUGCAGGAGUCGUUUGCUUUACCGAUGCGCCGCGUCCUGUGUUUAAUGACAUUCGAUUGAGCAGCGGAACCUCUAACAACGAAGGACGAGUUGAAAUUCUGCACGAAGGACUAUGGGGGACGGUUUGCGAUGACUAUUGGGGCAUAGAAGACGCAUCGGUUGUAUGCAGGAUGCUCGGAUUCUGUGCUGCAAGCAGCGCACCCGGUCAGGCUAGGUUUGGACCCGGUUCAGAUCCGAUUUGGCUUAAUGAGGUAUCAUGCACUGGAAGUGAAAACGACCUAAGGAACUGUCGGCACCGAGGAUUUGGAUCUCAUAACUGCGGUCACAACGAAGAUGCGGGGGUUAUCUGCAUUCCUAGUGCCAGCAUACCUGAGCCCACAACUCCAGAUGUCACUACGACUGAAUCAGCACCGCCACCAACGACAACCCCAUUGGUGACCACAGAACCGUCUGAGUUCGAGAUCCGCCUUGUGGGAGGCAGCUAUCCCUGGGAAGGUAGGGUAGAGCUUUUCUACCAAGGGGAAUGGGGGACAAUCUGCUCAAGCUACUGGGGUAAAAGAGACGGAGACGUGGCUUGCAGGAUGCUUGGAUUCAGCAGUGCCUAUGAGGCAAUAAGACCGACAGGCGCCCGCUAUCCAAUGCCCUUCGGUGAAGGCACUGGGACAAUCCAUUUCAGUAAAUUUGGUUGUGACGGAACUGAAGAGAGCCUGGCCGACUGUUCACAUUCUGGAUGGGGAGAACAUAACUGCUAUCAUUACGAAGAUGCUGGCUUAAUUUGCAACAGUCCAGACCCAGUCAGCGUUGUCGUUCGUCUCGUGAAUGGCAGUAGCAAGGCCGAGGGACGAGUUGAGGUGCUGUAUGACGGAGAAUUCGGAACCGUCUGUGACGACUCAUGGGAUACGCUUGAUGCUGCCGUUGUCUGCAGGAUGUUGGGAUAUGAGGGCGCUUCUCAGGCACCAGGAUCUGCUCGUUUCGGGCAAGGUAGUGGGGACAUUGUCCUGGAUGAUGUGGUCUGCCAGGGGACAGAGGAUAACAUUGCAAGCUGUGUCCACAGAUCUUGGGGUGAACAUAACUGUGGCCACACAGAGGAUGCCUCGGUUGUCUGCACCGGAGAGUUGAACUUGCCCGUACGUUUGGUGAAUGGUGAGACCGCUAACGAAGGUCGAGUGGAGAUUUUCCGAUACGGGGCCUGGGGCUCAGUGUGUGAUGACUUCUGGGAUAUGAACGAUGGUCACGUGGUCUGCCGUAUGCUCGGUUACGAACGUGCUGAACGCAUCUGGUGGGGCACAGCCUACGGACCGGGAUCUGGUCGUAUCCUGUUGGAUAAUGUCGAAUGCACUGGUAGUGAGGCGACACUGGACGACUGCGAUCGCCCACCUUGGGGCGUCCAUGAUUGUAAUCAUUACGAGGAUGCUGGGGUUGUAUGCAAGUAGUGAUUUUUCAGUUGGAAUAGGUUGGUCCUUAUGGGAAUAUUUGCCACGAACUUCUGGUGAUGAAGACAACUGAUGUGCACUGAAUACAUUUUUUCUCAAUAUUUAUCCUUGGAUUUAUUCAUACCUAUCGUUUUUAGGUGUUUAAGGGAUUUAUUUACGUAAUGCUUCAUAUGGAUAAGAGUUAUUUAUUUUGAAAACUGAAAAAUGAUGUUGAGGUACAAAAAAAGAUACUUGUUUAGAUAGAUGUACAUGUUAUAUUUUCUUUAUAGAUCAUUCAAUUAUGAUUGAUGCCAUUUUUCCUUGAAUAUACAGAACCUAUUUCUCUACAAGCUAUCCAGAAAACCAUAUUGAUAUAUCAUUUUAGGUCUGACGACGUGCAUGAUCAUGACAGUGACAAUCGCAUAGGAAUAUAUUUUUUUUCAGAGAAUAUUGAUAAUAUUUACAAUAAAGCAAAUAUUAGAAAACUUUUAACGCAAUUAAAGCCUUGUUAUUAUAAUUUUUCUAGAUCCAUGAAACAUUAUUAAUCAAAUAUGGUUAGUAAAAAUGCUUAUUAAACCUUAGUAAGCCAUUGUUCGUUUCAUUUUAUAUUUUUAGUGUACAGUAGAUGGUAAAGACAACGUAGAUAUUAAAUACGAUUUUAUUACAUUGCAACCAUCAUGUAAAAUUGUCGUGGCUAAAUAUAACUGUUAUAAUAUAUGUACAUGUACCUGCAAAUUAUAACGAAGAUGCACCGAAAACUGCUCACCUGGAAAUGCUACUCUUCACCUUAUCUGGAAACAAAUAUCAAAUUCAUAUCUUUGCAUCGACCUUUUGCAGGUAACUGCAAUUAUAUUCACAAAUCAAUAAUCUGUUACAAUACAUGUACAGUGAAUAAGAAAUCCAAUGAAACGAAUUGCUUAUUUAUCUUUAUUUCUCAAUUGGCCUUCAUACUAAUAUUUUCUUAACCAGGAAACUUAUAGAAAGGCACAUUUACUAUAAUUUUGGAAAUAUGAUAUAAGCUCUUUAGUGCAUUUCCCGCAGUAUCACCUACUAUAUUAUUUUAAUUUCAUAUACAGUAAUUUUAAAUUUCAGACAUCAGUACGAUUUUUGUGUGAUUCUGUCCAUUGAUUAUUUCAGUGUACUUUGAAAAAUAUAAUUACAAUAUAUAAGCUUUAUCUCAUAUCGAUGUUUAUCUUUCAGUCAACAUGGUCAACUUCAUUUGAUUAUUAAAUCACUUUGAAAUAUACAA